GACAGAGGCCUGGGAGGCUCACAGGAGGUCAGCGCGGUCCUCUUUGGGCCCGCCCCCCUGGCCAGCGGCCUGGCCUGGAGCUGGGGCAGGACUAGUGGGGUGGCCGUGGGUGGAAAGAGGAAAACCACUCGGCGAAUUGCCCUGCGGCCGGCCGGGCGCCCACGAGGCGGUAUUUAUAGAGGGCCCCGCGGCUCCCCUGCCUGGCGGUGCAGUUAACCCUGCGCAGGCCGCGGGCAGGAGCCAAGCCCGGUGGAAGGGGGGCCCUGGCGGGCCGGGGGCGGCGCUCGGCGUCCGGUCACCUGUUCCCUGCGGAAAGGCCGUCCCGGACCUCCUCGGAGCCCGGCGCGGGCGGGGGAUGGGCAGCGCGGGGCGCGCGGCGCUGGGGGCGCGGGGGCCCGAGGCGGGGCGCUCCCGGGCGGCCUUUCCGGGCCCGCGGCCUCCUCCGGGCCGCCCCGCCCCGCGGGCUCCCGGGGCCGCCCCCGGCCCGCGCCCGCGCCCCACCUCGCCGGGCGGCGCGUCCCCGCGUCCCCGCGUCCCGGAGCCGGCGCGCGCGGGUGGCCGCCCACCCCUGAGAGCUGGGCUGUCGGCGCCGGGAGGAAGGAUGCAGCGUGGCCCCCUCCAGCACGGCUGCCCGACGAGGAUGGCCCUGGCUGCAACGCUGGGGGCUCUGUGGUUCUGCCUCACAGGCGCAGUGGACGUCCAGGUCCCUGAAGAUCCCGUGGUGGCCCUCGUGGGCACCGACGCCACCCUCCACUGCUCCUUCUCCCCUGAGCCCGGCUUCAGCCUGGACCAGCUCAGCCUCAUCUGGCAGCUGACGGACACCAAGCAGCUGGUGCACAGCUUCGCCGAGGGCCGGGACCAGGGCAGCGCCUACGCCAACCGCACGGCGCUCUUCCCGGACCUGCUGGCCCAGGGCAACGCGUCCCUCAGGCUGCAGCGCGUGCGGGUGGCCGACGAGGGCAGCUUCACCUGUAUCGUGAGCGCUCAGGACGUUGGCAGUGCGGCUGUUAGCCUGCUGGUGGCAGCGCCCUACUCCAAGCCCAGCAUGAGCCUGGAGCCCAGCAAGGAGCAGCGUCCCGGGGACACGGUGACCAUCGCGUGCUCCAGCUCGCGCGGCUACCCCGAGGCCGAGGUGCUGUGGCAGGACGAGCGCGGCGCGGCGCCGAGCGGCAACGUGAGCACGUCGCAGACGGCGGACGCGCAGGGCCUGUUCGAGGUGCGCAGCGAGCUGAGUGUGGUGCUGGGCGCCAGCGGCACCUACAGCUGCCGCGUGCGCAACCCGGUGCUGCGGCGGGACGCGCUCAGCUCCAUCACCGUCACGCCCCCCAGGGGCCCCCCAGGCGCAGUGGACGUCCAGGUCCCUGAAGAUCCUGUGGUCGCCCUCGUGGGCACUGAUGCCACCCUCCGCUGCUCCUUCUCCCCUGAGCCCGGCUUCAGCCUGGACCAGCUCAGCCUCAUCUGGCAGCUGACGGACACCAAGCAGCUGGUGCACAGCUUCGCCGAGGGCCGGGACCAGGGCAGCGCCUACGCCAACCGCACGGCGCUCUUCCCGGACCUGCUGGCCCAGGGCAACGCGUCCCUCAGGCUGCAGCGCGUGCGGGUGGCCGACGAGGGCAGCUUCACCUGUUUCGUGAGCGUCCGGGACUUCGGCAGCGCGGCUGUCAGCCUGCUGGUGGCAGCGCCCUACUCCAAGCCCAGCAUGAGCCUGGAGCCCAGCAAGGAGCAGCGUCCCGGGAACAAGGAGCUGCGUCCCGGGGACACGGUGACCAUCGCGUGCUCCAGCUCGCGCGGCUACCCCGAGGCCGAGGUGCUGUGGCAGGACGAGCGCGGCGCGGCGCUGAGCGGCAACGUGAGCACGUCGCAGACGGCGGACGCGCAGGGCCUGUUCGAGGUGCGCAGCGAGCUGAGCGUGGUGCUGGGCGCCGGCGGCACCUACAGCUGCCGCGUGCGCAACCCGGUGCUGCGGCGGGACGCGCUCGGCUCCAUCACCGUCACAGGGCAGCCCAUGACAUUCCCCGCCGAGGCACUGUGGGUGACUGUGGGCCUCUCGGUCUGCCUCGUGGUGCUGCUGGUGGCCCUGGCCGUCGUGUGCUGGAGGAAGAUCAAGCAGAGCUGUGAGGAAGAGAAUGCAGGAGCCGAGGACCCAGAUGGGGAUGGAGGAUCCAAGACGGCCCUCCGGCCUCUGAAGCACAAGGAAAGCAAAGAAGAUGAAGGACAAGAGUUAGCCUGACCGGCAGGCGGGCAGCUGUGCCCCACCCGGGCCGCGCCCACCUCUCUCUGCACGGGGCCUCUGUGGAACUCUGGGCCUCGGCCUGCCCCCGUGCCCGCAGAUGGGGCCCAGGCCGGAAGGUCUGUUCACUCUCCAGAAGAUGCCGAAUGCAGACUGCCCGCAGCCUUAUUUCUCCCGAGUCAUCAUCAGCUGCCUUAGUUCUCGUGGAUCAACUCAGACCACGGAUGCCUGGUUUCUCCAGUGGACACAUUACAUGGACGUCUGGCUCCAAAGACCCCUGCAGCUACCCCUUCCUUCCCUCUGUCUCUCUGGGCCCUGGCGGGCUCAAGGUCAGGGGGAAGCGGUGACCCCUCCUGAGACACGGCUCCUGUAUGCCCCUGGGUGGCCCGUCGGGUGUAUUCGGGGCCAUGCACGGUGCUUCCGUCCGGCCCAGUCUCUCCCGGGGUGCUCUGCCCCCCGCGACUCGGCCCUCCCUAUGGGGGUGCGUGCUGGUCAUGCUGCUCCCAGGCCCCUCGCGGCCGCCUCUGCUCUUGCUGUCCACUCACGUGCAGUUCACGCGGCAGCCUGGUGGUGGCAGCAUUGGGUUAUGUGCUGAGCCCCCACUCCACCCACCAUUCCACCGGGAACCCCCCCGGGAACUGAACCUCCUGCCGUGGCCUGCUGCCCCCACCCGUGCCUCCCCCUUCUGUGCCCACAGCCCCCCGCCCAGCCCCCGGACACCUGGUUCUCCUCCAUCCCGAAAUCUUACACAGAGCCGAGGGCCUGGGGCAGAAAUACGCAGUGAGGAGGAGCCUCUCCCGGCCUUGGACGCUCUGGCCCUCCCCGAAGUUCACCAGCAGGCCUGAAGCCAGACCCUGAGAAUCCGGUCUGGAGCCUGGGGUGGGACUGAGGGUGUGCCCCACAUCCACCCCCGCCCCACUAUGGUGCUAUUCUGGGACACGACACCCCGUGCCCCCACCUCUGUAACCAUCUCACCUGGGUGUCCCCGCGCCCGGGGUCUGGAAGCUGUGGGACUGUCUAAUUUAAGUGUGGGACUCUAGGACUUUUGUUAAAGGGGGUGUGUCUGGGGGGAAAUAAAAGCCUUUGUAGAAAGCGUUUCCAAUGCCG